AACCCACCGGGCCUGUCCUCUCAUGCCCGGAGUCUCCGGUUGUCGUGAUGAAGUUGGGUCGUGAUUGGGUCGAGCUGAAAGCACAGAAGUCAUGAUGGAGACCGUUGAGCAGCUGGUGUCUUUCCAGCACAUCCAUGUGCAACUGAACGGAGGCGCUCCGUGGGGAUUCACUCUGAAAGGAGGACUGGAGCACGGCGAGCCGCUCAUCAUUACUAAAAUAGAAGAGGGAGGAAAGGCAGCUCAGUGUAAGAAGUUGAGAGUGGGGGAUGAACUGGUGAACAUUAACAGCUCUGCUCUCUAUGGCUCCCGUCAAGAAGCUCUCAUCCUCAUCAAAGGUUCUUACAGGGUUCUCAGAAUCGUCGUCCGAAGGCGCAGUGUGCCAGUGAUACGUCCCCACUCUUGGCACUUGGCGAAGCUGUCAGAGGCACCCUGCACUACGGGCACUGGUGACCCCUCAGAUGGCCCCCCGGCUAUGCAGCUCCACUUCACACCUCUCAGUGUACCUUGGCACUCCGGAGGUGACAAUAGUGAGCUGUCCAUGCAGUGGGGCCAUAUCUCCAGGCACUACAGCACAGACCGCAGUAGCUCAAUAGGAAGUAUGGAGAGUCUGGAGAAUCCUCCCAACCAGGGUUACUAUGACAGUCAGCUCUCUCCCAUUGAUCCUGUCAUCUUCAACAACAAACGUGACUCCGCUUACAGCUCAUUCUCAGCCAGCUCAAACACAUCUGAUUACACUGUCCCCGUCAAGCCUGAGGAUACCAACUCUAUGGACAGUCUUCUCCAGGGUUUUGGUUCUCCCUGCAGGUAUCCAGACAGAGGCCAACAUUGUGCCCCCAGUGGCCAUGGAAACCAGCAGGAAGAGCGUGGACACUCCAAGAUACUGUCUGACAGAACUGAGGCUAAAGUCCGACCAUCGUCCUAUAGUUGUGAGGAGGAACACUGUGCGCCACCGCAGCCACCCAUGAGGAAGGACAGUUUUAGGGCUACUAGAGGACAACCAACAGAUAAACGCUGUGUGUCUGCUCCUGUAGGCAUCCCAAGUGUAACCAGCUGCAUGGUUGAAGAUCGAUCCCAAAUCCAGGAAGUUCUGACUGGUAGUGUUUAUUUGAAUGGAACACAAGACAAUGAGCAAGAACGUAAAGGAUGCACUAUAGAACCUUAUUACACCUUCAACUCCAAGACAGACUCUGAAGGAAAUAGCAAGGCAACUGGCUGUGAGAAAAAACACUUGGAGAGCUAUUCAGAAUCUGUGGUGGCAUCUACACCUCCUCUCAGUCCCUUUUCACAAAGGAAUAUGGAUGAGAACUUUGAUGCCCAACCAGAACGUAAUAUCCAGUCAGCAAUGCACAGACACAGUGCACCUGAGAAACUUCUAGCUUCUCAGCUGCAUAUGAUGGAUUUUACUGGUGACAAAAAUGAUAAUCGUGCAUCUCCAACUUGUCAGUGGUCACAGUCACCUCUUUAUCUGAGUGAUACUAGUCCAAAUAUGGCCCAGGCCAAGUGGGGAGUGAAUAGAUGUUCCACACCUGGUUCAGUGGCAACAUCCGAACUUGAGGAUCCUCUAGAUUCUGGACAGAAUCUCUGGGGGCAGCCCAGUAAUGUCUCUGGAAAUCCCAUGGAGAAUGGAUUCUCCACUGCUAACUCUCAGACCAGUGAGAAGAACUUUGGGUUUGUAGGUGCUAACGUGUGUGUGGACACUCACCUGAAUGAGAAUGGGCGAGAAGUGAGGGUAGAUGAUGGUAGCGUCACAAAGCAGUUGCAGAAACGUCAGUUCCGUAGCUCCAAGUCACGACGUAGAAGUGAGCGUUUUGCCACAAACCUCAGAAAUGAGAUCCAGAGGAAGAAGGCCCAGCUGCAGAAGAGCAGAAACCCUUGUGGUGAGGAGACUGUGGAAGAAGAGGUUGCAGAUCUCAACAUGGAGGCAGUAGCUCCUCCAGAGCACCAUCAACCCAGACCCCAAACCUUUUCAAGUCCUCUUACCAGUCCUCCGACUAUCCAAAUAUCCGAACGGACACCUCAACAAGAUGCAACCCAAGUUGAGGAACAUUCCAGAACCAGGACUGUGUGCUUCCAGACAUCUCAGGCCCAAACCCAGAUCCCUCAAAAUGCCAGACAAGUGUGUGUGCAUGUGGUGGAGGAGAUAGCACCUGCAGGUAAACCACGGAGAUGGCGCUGGACACCAGAAUACAAGCUUCAACCAGAAACUGAGCCCUCGGAGAUUAAGAGAAAUGAGGCUACUGCACAGAUGUGGUCUGGGAAAAUGGGAUCAACAAGAGGGAGGGCAGGUUCCUCCAGUAGUCGCUUGGGUCGAUCGGACGAGUGUGAUAUCCCUCCCUUUGCAGACCGCAGGAGGUUUUUUGAAGAGACUAGCAGAAAGUUGAGUCAGUCUGUAACAAACUUGUCAAGCCUGACAAGUCGAAAUCAGAGACUAGAGAAGCCGAGUAGACCGAACCAUCCAUCCUCACCUGAACCUCUUGAAAUGGCCACUAACCUGGGCCGGAGGAGGUUUUCGUAUCAAGGUGUGCCCUACGUCAACUCACUGGACACUGGGAGACAGUUUAUGAGUACCCAACAAGACCAAGAAAAAUUGAGGAAGAGGCUGGUAGAGAGAGAGCAGGAAAAAGAAAGAGAGCAAGAGAGAGUCACGGAGCAAGAGAAACUUCGAGAACAAGAGAGGGAGAAGGAAAGAUUAAGGAAAGAGAGGGAAAAAGAGCAACAAAGGGUAAAAGACUGGGAGGAGAGGCAAAGACUGCUGCAGAGAGAACAAGAAAGGGAAUCCAGGAGAGAAACUGUUCAUUCUGAACACAAUAUGAGCAGUGACAUGGUUCCUCAGUCUUUAUCUCACGAUCCCUGUCGGAAACAGCCGCCCAGUCCUCAGGUUCCUUCCUCUCUGCAGUCCUCUGAGCAUUUCUAUAGCAACACUACCACCAACAUCCAAAAGCCUUGCUCAGCGUUCCACCCAGUGACCACCCAGCACAAUCAGUAUGAUGACUACCAAGUGAAUCCACCCUACAAGGCCAGGAGCUACACCCCAGCUGAGGCCCACCCUGUGCAGGAACAGGAACAAGCAAAAAAACUAAACAGAAAUUUCAGCUUAACAGCGGGGGACUACUCAAGGUGUAGGAGAGACUCCAAGACAGGAGAGGGUGCUGCUGUUCCUAGCUUCAUGGGUCAAUGUGGCAACAUGACAGGUGGCUGCACUGAGGAUCAUCUUUUUUCACCCCUUAGAAACCGUGCUAUGUCAGAAAAUGACAUUCGUGUGGACACACAAAAUUUUCAUAAUCACACCAACGUCACGCCAAGCAGAAUGCGCGCGUCCACUCUUAGUGACCUGGAUGAGAAUGGAGUAUGUGUCGGUGAUGUAAAGAAGAAAAAAGGGCCUCCACCUCCUCGUCCACCGCCCCCGAAAUGGGAUCAGUUCCACAAGAGACGGGCAUCCCACCAUAACCUCUUCUCCUCCCCACCACUCUAUAACUCUACCUCUUCCUCUCCACCUCGACCACAGCCGUGCACAUCCCAGCCCCCCAGUGUGUCUGAAAUGACACGUCAGCGCUCCUAUAGUCUUCCUCUGAGGGAGGUCUCAGAGAGCCAUCGCUGCUGCGGUCAAGAGUACUCUGUGGCUCCCCCCAGCCCUGCUUUUACGCGUCGGGCCUUUAAACCUGUAGCCCUGCCCCCAAGAGAGAGAGACAUGAGGAGAGAACUUCAUCAACCUUUGCCGCAGCCUGAACCAUGCACAAGAAUACCUGUCCACAAUGCUGCAGUAUCAGAUGAGCCUAGAGUCACACUGGUGAAGCCCAUCUUUUCUGAGCAUCGAGCUGAGUGGGACCGCUCCAGUCCUCACUACCAUGCACGGGGCACUACCAGGUCUCAUGAAGUCCCAAAGAACAGUUUGUCAACUGGACCCGUGUGUCCCAGAUCCUACUUCUCCGUGAACAACUACCACUUGCAGCCCUAUCAAGCAGGCUUCCCUGGAACGGUUUACAAAAACCAGCUUAUUUCCUCCCGCAGUCCUAACAGUAUUGAAGAUGGAAACCAGCCCCUAGAGACAGACAUAGAUGAGAUCAGUGAGAAUGAGCGGUUAGGAAAAAUUGACAGAAGGGAAGGAGAGGACAGGAUGGAGAUGCAGGGAUUUGCUCGACCAGUUCUAGUGCUGGAGACAGACAUUGACAACAUGCCUAAGGAAGGGGCUCCUUCAGCGAGAAACAUUAGAGGGCCGAGGGGCGCUUUGGUGGACUCCAUUCUAGAGGAUGAUUAUGGUUUAUCUAGGAAAGAGCUGAUAGGAGAGUUAUUUCCACUCAGUGUAAAUAAAGAGAUGGGUGGAGAGAGCUGGAGAGGAGGCCACCCAAUCAGCGGAGGAACACUAGAGAGGCCUGCUAGACUGGGAACAUCCACAGUACAAGUUUCACGAUCAGCCUGUUAUGACAUGUCAGCUGACAACCCGCAACUUCUUGCCAGGUUUCGAGAGAUCUCAGAGAGGAAAGAGGAGGAGGAAGAACUCAAUUAUAAGAAGCAGCUGAUGGAGAGCCUUCGUAAAAAGUUGGGUGUCCUUCGUGAGGCACAGAGGGGCCUGCAAGAAGAUAUUCGUGCCAACGCUCAGCUGGGAGAGGAGGUGGAGAGCCUGGUGCUCGCUAUCUGCAAGCCCAACGAGGUGGACAAGUACCGUAUGUUCAUCGGUGACCUAGACAAGGUGACCAGUCUGCUGUUGUCUCUUUCUGGGAGACUGAUACGGGUAGAAAGUGCCUUGGACUGUGUGGACCCAGAGACUGGCCACCAGGAGAGGCUACAACUUCUGGAAAAGAAGAAGCAGCUGCUGGUGCAGAUGGGAGAGGCUCAGGAGCUCAAGGAGCACGUGGACCGGCGUGAGCAGGCAGUUGGCAAGGUGCUGGACUGUUGCCUGACCCCAGAACAGUUGCGUGACUACAGUCACUUUGUGAAGAUGAAAGCAGCCCUACUGGUAGAGCAGAGGCAACUGGAUGACAAGAUCAGGCUCGGUGAUGAGCAGCUCAGGGGACUUCGAGAGAGCCUCGGCCUGGGGCUGGGAGUCGGGAUGGGGUACGGACAAUACUGAAAAGUGCUGAAUGAGUGUAUGUAUAACGGGAUUUGAGAUGCACCGAAAAAACCUUGAACUGCAGUAUGUUUUAAAGAAAGGACAUUACAUUGACGUGGCAGUUGAAUACAGAAAAGCACAACUAUCACAGACUAAUGUUCAGUUCAAUUCGAAAACACUACAUCACUACUUGAAGUUGUCUGUUAGGACUUCAGCUGCACUAACAACCUUUUGGGAAAGUUUUGUUUUUUUUUUUGCUUCUGACACCACCAAAGAACUCAUGUGUGCAUAUACUUAUCAUUGAAUACAAUUAGGGGAGUGUCCAUGCACUGCUAUUUAUUUAUUUAUGUGUGUAUAUAUUCAUACACACAAUAUAUAUAAAUAUCUUUCAUUCUGGUUUUAAGGUCAAAUUGCUUUAAUAAUUUACAGCCUCACAUUGCAUGUAUUCAAUUUAAUUCCGUUCUUUGGCAUGGUAAACGUUAUUGUUCUGUUUAAGAUGUUUUGUUUUGUUAAGUAUUUGUAUGAAAACAUGUACAUAGUGGAUGCCUAAAGUGCAUCUUUAAGUCACAGAAGUUUCAUUCUGUCAUAACUGGAACUUUUCUUAAACAAAAUUGUGUGGCGUAUUAUUGCAGCGUUUUCAAAAGGGGCCAUUUAUAUUUACUUUUCUUAUUCAGUAUGCUUUAUAGUACUUGCUACACUUUUCUCAGAUAAUUAUUGUUGCCAAAGUUAAAAAUUUAUGUCUACGUAAGAAUAUAAAUGUGCUGUGCCUGUUUUGAGAAAUGACAUGCAUAAAUGUCUUGAGAAGAUCAGCCUUGCUUUACCAAAGCUCUUAUAUUGACAUGUUUUUGAAUAAGAGUUUUUAGUUAAAUGAGAUGCACUGUUUAACCCUUAUGUAUCAUCUCGCAACAUGGCAACUUUUGAGGCGAUUGCUACUAGAUUUCCUUUUCUUUGUGAGAAACUGGACAUUUCUUUAGAAGGAAGGAGAAUGCUGCUUCGUUGACCAUUUACUGCCUUGAAAGUCUUGUCUUUUUU